GUUGUCUGCUACUUAAAGCUAAAAGUGCGGUGUAACAUAUAGCGGUGCGAAACAUACUGUAUAACAAAAAUAAAAAUAAACAAGACGUGGUCUCUACAAUUCACCUUCUCUUCAAACUAUGAACAACAAAUUUGAUGCAUUGAAAGCUGAAGAUAGCAGUGGUUCCGGUGAAGAAGAGUUUGACAAAACUGAUCCAGAAUCUCCCCCAAGGCCACCACCAAAGCCUGGCCCGGGUGAAAACCCACUGCAGUACAACUAUGGCUUCUGGUACUCUCGGAAAUCUCAGGGCAACAAAUCUGCUAGCUACGACCAGAACUUGAAGCUAAUAGGGACAUUUGCUUCUGUGGAGCAGUUCUGGAGACAUUAUUGCCACAUCGCCCGACCUGGGGAUCUCACUGGCCACACAGACUAUCAUCUGUUCAAGGAGGGCAUCAGACCAAUGUGGGAGGAUAAUGCAAACAAGAAUGGUGGCAAGUGGAUAAUUCGGCUGAAGAAAGGUCUGGCAUCUCGUUGCUGGGAGAAUCUGAUACUGGCAAUGCUGGGUGAACAGUUUAUGGUCGGGGAGGAGAUAUGUGGGGCUGUCAUCUCCAUACGAUACUCUGAGGACAUUUUAUCCCUGUGGAACAGGACAGCCAGCGACGGAGUGACCACAUCUCGUAUCCGUGAUACACUAAAACGUAUUCUUAAUCUGCCACCCAACACAAUCAUGGAGUAUAAAACACAUGGAGACAGUCUCAAAGACAACUCCAGUUUUAGAAACACCGACGUCUUCUUGAGAUAGCAGGACCAGGACAGGCAUGUUGAGAAACAGGGAACAGUAUGAAAAACAAAGUGGAGUGUGUCAAGUUUAGGGCAUAUAUAACAUUCUUGGUCCGUUUUCAAUAUAAGAUAUCCUAAGACUAUCCCUGGAGUCUGUGAUUUUAUAAAGUGUUCUCUCCAUUUUCUGAAGUCACUUAACACCCUUGGUCGGUAUAAUAUAUAAUAUAUUCCGAGACCGGAAUCUGUGAUUUCAUGUUUUCACUAAUUUAUUUUAAAAUUUGAUGAAGUAUGUUUGUAAGUCAUUUGAAUGUGAUCUGUUCAAAAGAUCCAUGUUUGUAUUCCUUCGCAUUCAUUUUUGUGAGGUAAAAAUCAUGGAUUUUAAGAUAACAACACAUAUCUCCCCAGCAUUAAGUUUCAUGGAUGGACACAAGUUAAUUUGGCAUAAAUAUGUCAUGAUUUAAGAUGACAAUUUUCUCCUCGGCCGUCAUUUUCAUUAACAGACACUUAUUAAUCUGGCCUAGAAUAUCAUAGAUUAUAAGAUUAAGACAUAUUUCUCGAUGGCAUUAAUUUUCAUAGAUGGAACCUAGCAAUUGGCAUAAAUUUUUCAUGGUUUUAAGAUAACGGCACAUUUUUAACAUGCAUCCUUUCAUUGUCGAGGACCCUUGGGAUCCUGUUAAAUAAAGAUUUUAGUCAGCUUAAGUAUUAUUAUGGUUUCAUUUGUUUUGCUACAUAUUUGAGUUAAUUUAAAUUAAGCCAGUAGCGGAAUAAAAAUUAACACAAAGUUGUUGAAAUAAAAACAAUUCCAUAUAUUGCCAUUUGUUAGAUUUAAGGUUAUUAUAUUAUGACUAAAAUCCUUUAUUGAAAUGUGCCCAUGUACUUUAUUCCGUUUACACUACAUAAGUAGCAGAGCGCAAUAGUGGAUUGGGGAUGUCAUUGUCUGGGAAACCUGUGAUUUAUUUCUUUUUCAUCAUUGGGACACUAUUGCUGAUAUAAGAAUUGUUGAACAGUUCUGCCUUUGUGAAUUGACAUAGACAUGUUCUGAAUUUGAUUUUUUUUUUUUAAAUGCAAUAUAUUAUAAUUUUGAUUAACAUCAAACAAUUUUUAAUACAUACUGGGUACACACGGAAAUUGAUGAAAAUGUCCAUGAGAAUUAUUUUAUAUGUGUGCCUUUAGUUAAGCCAACACUAUUAAAUUGUACUUGUGUUAAAUUAUUGAACGAUUUUCAACUACUUGUUUUUAAAUUUACAUAAAAAUGUUUGUCCCCUAGAAUCAAUCCUUACUCACUCUAUCUUACUAAUUCGAUCUUGUACUAAGACGAAAAACAACAUGUAGAGUAUACAAAUGUUUAAUUUGUUGUAAGCGUCAUGGCCAAUCAACUGUACAUACACAAAUAUUUUCACAUAUUUCAACAUACGAACAUAAGCAACACAUUUUCAAUGAAAUUAUUCAAAAAGCAUUGAUAUAUCUAUGUAACAACACAACUUUUGUUAAACAUAAAGACAAAAUUUUGUAUAUCAUAAUGUAUACUGAUUUCAAGAAUAUAAUGAUGAGUUCCGAUGUUUGAUAUGAAUGAAACCGUUAAGUUUUUUUAAAUAAAAAAACGUCGGACAUGCUUGUACACAGCUUGGUGACCAUGCGCUGAAUGAAUCAAUCAAUAUUGCACAGUAAACACGUGCUCGAUAGAGCGCGAAAUCAUAGCGCCCCCAGGCGUAUCGUUUCGGAACGAUACAAGGGGAAACAAUUUUCUCCUAAUUCUUUUCAAUCAAACGUAGAAAAUUAUAUUUUUUAACAUAAAAAUAAACUGUAAUAGAAGUUUUGCACUAAGUCAGUGUCAACGAGGUAAACAUUUUGUUCAUACAAAUUUGCCCUUACAUUUUAAACAGUGAAGCAAGGUUUUUUACUGAAAAAAAUUGCACAGGGUAUGCAUGUAACUGAAUUAUGUACAUAUCUGUAUGCAUUAUGAAAUAAAAAUCUAAGUCCA